CAUAUUGACAUCAUAUGGAGAGUAAUUGGUAGGUUUAUUUUGUUCUUUCUCCAAAUUCCAAGGAGUACAAAGUUUAAUAAUGGUUUUCUGAGUUAUGCUCAUCUAUCUUAUUCGACUAGUUAAUUAGCUUUUAAGGUUCAUACCUUCAAAAAAACAUCAAAAAAAACUCUGGACUGCGCAUACCCGACAUCAUCGUGUUUUCUAUUAACCUGUUCUUUAAAAAUGCUCAUACUCAAUGUAAUAAAGGACAUUCUCUGAAGAUCUGACAUUUCAAUGUCUGAAAAAUGUGAUCCUGGAAUGUGUGAAUGCUUACACGAAAGGGGUUGUUCCCAUAUGACAUGUUACUGGCAAGUCAUGGCCCAAAGCCAUUCAGUUUGAGCUUUUCCCAUGUUUUCAGGCUGUAUGUUAUACAAGUUUGUGCACUGUAGAACUGGUACGUCUUAAAAAAUGCAUCUCGUGUACCAAGAGUACCCUUAGAUGUAGUCCCUUUAAAAAAUCCGUCUCAUACAAUAAUUCACAAAAAAUUUUUGCAUAAAUUUGAAACAAGUGAUCUUAAAUGUGUCAUCUCAGUUGUUAUUUAGGUUAUCAGUUAUUUAGGUUAUCAGUUAUUUAGGUUAUCUCAGCUGGCUAUUUAUGGAAAACACAGGAUGCCCAAUACAAGAUCAUGACAGUAGAUUGUGUAAUAUAAUUAUUUUUGAAAAAAAUAUGUGCCUAAGCUCAUAGCUUUCAGAGUGAAAUAUCUUCUGCUCAUAAAGUGGAAGCCUCGAUGGGAACGAUGUGAAUUAGCAAGAAACUACUUACGGGUUAAGGGUGCGGCAGAAGAUACAGGAGUGUAUAUCCAGUGGACCAGCUAAAAUUUGGGGAAGAAGCCUUUUUGCUCUACAGGAAAUGUUGGGCGACGAUGGACAAAGGUACCAGGAGGCACAGCACCUUGAGAACUUCCCAAAAAAAGUGUCAGACAAGAUGAGUAGGGACCACAAACAGGAGAAUGGCAUGGAAUCAGCCUUUGCAAAUAAGCAGCUUGAAAGUCCUUCAUCUGAAGAGGAGUCACCAGCUGCUAAAAUCAGCCAGAACCCAAAAUACCAACUCUUUCUUGCUUCCGAUAAAGUUUCCAGGAAUGAAACAAAUGAAAAUGGGCCCAGAAGUUCCCAGUGGGAGAGCAGUAAUUCUAGAUUUGGGUCUAACAACCACCGUGGGUCCCUGGAGUCCUUGACAUCCCGAGACUGGGAUACUAUGUCAGACAGGUUUCAGGUGGGUGGUUUUGACAGUCCACCAAGAGUCUUCAACAGUCCCUACGCCGCUCAUUCAAUUGACCACGUUUACAGAAAUGCUGAAUACAAGGAUAUGAUGUCACCAGCCCCAUCUGAGCUCAGCGUUUUCAGUUACAACAGCAGAAGUGCCAGCCCUGUGCCCUCCCCCACGGUCUCUGCCUCCCGUGGCCGAUUCCCUGCGUACGACACUUUGACUAGGAGGCGAGAGCCCAGUACUAGUCCUUUUCUUCUGAAAACAUCAUCUCCUUAUAAACGAGAUUAUAUUGAAGAACUCACAAAGCAACUUGAUGAAAUUCAGAAGAGAAACCAGUUCCUUGAGGCUGAGAGCAUUGAGAUGGAUAAGGAGAGGAACCAAAUCCGUUUUGAAAUGCGGGGACUGCUGGUACACAAUGAAGACCUCUUUCGGACAAAUACCCAACUGCAAGUGGAGAUGAAACGAAUGAGGGAACAGAUGGCCGAAAUGGAAAUGGAGAUUUCAGCUCUGAAUGAGCGCUUACGACAGCAGGAGACUGAGUUAAAAGAAGCUAGAGAAGCAAUGGUGGAAGCCAAUACUCAAGAAUUCGCAUUUGGGUUCCUGCAGCAAGCUUUAAAGAACAAGAUACAAGAUGCUGAAGAAGCUCUUGAGAAGCAGACGAAACAUUCCCAGACAAUAUCUGAAAAGCUUUGGCAUAUGGAGAGGGAACUGGAAGAGCUUAGGAUAGAAAAAGAGAUGUGUGAUAAGAAGAAUUCAGAGCUGAGCAGCACGGUCUUCCGUCUAGAGGCAGAGCUGGGAGACGCUUUAAAAGCUGCAAGCCAGUCAGCCACAGAGCUGAGCCUCCAGCAGAAGCUGAAGAACGAAGCCCAGCUGCAGGUGGAGGAGCUGGAGGAGAGUCUGCUGGAGAGCACGCAGGAGCUGGACAAGGCCCAGCAGAUGAUCAGGCGGCUACAGGGGGAGAUUGCUGAGAAGCUGACUGACAAGGAGAAAUCUCUGGAGGAGGAGAUCCAGUUGCGGGAACGUAUCCAGCUGCAGUGCAAGCAGGCUGAUAGGACAGUAGAAGAUCAGCAGAUGGAGCUGGAGGCAAUGGCCCAAUCAAAGGAGGAAGUUAUGAAACAGCUGAAACAGACCCAGGAGAAGGUCAUUGAUCUGGAGAGUGACCUGGAAGAGCUGCUGGACAAUGAGCAGAGGUCGGCCAGCAAGUACAAAAGAGCCAGUGAACAGGCAGAACAAUUUCAGAUGAAGCUCAUUCAGGAAAAAGACCAUAAUGACCAGCUGGAAUAUGAAAAAGCCUUUCUGGAAAGAGAGAUCAAGGACCUACAGAAAGAGGUGCAGGAGCUGCAGAAAACCAAGGUUCAGGACGACAUCAUCAUCAAAUUUGAGAGCAAGAUCAAGGAUCUGGAGAACUCCCUUCGGACAGAGGAGAAGAACAAGGGCAUGCUAUCAAACAACAUUGGGAAGCUGGAAAAAAAGGUCGGUGAACUGAUGGAGCAGAUGGAGGAAGAGCGCAAGCUGGACAUGGAACAGAAGGAGCUGAUGGCUCAAAGGAUCCGCUCUCUGAAACGGCAGCUUAAUGACAGUGAGGAAGAGGCGAGUAGGAAAGACACGCAGCACCGGUACACGCUGAGGGAGCUCGCAGAGGAGCGCGAGGCCACAGCACGCCUACAGAAGCAGCUGCUGGACCAGAACCUGCAGAUGAAGCGGAAGGACUCUCUUGUAAUGAGACAGUCUCUUGAAAAUCGUAGAAUCGACCUGGAUAAAUGCGAUGAGCGGGAAAUCGAUUCCACGACGAACAAGGACUAACGCCGAAACUUUCAUUGCGAUAUAAAUGCACUUACACAAAAAUGUAAAUAUCAGUUUAAUUCGGUACAAACUCAAGCCCAGUGUUUAAACCUUUUUGUGACACAAAAGUCUGUUAGAAAGUGGCUUCGGAGACCAAUUACAAUUUAUAAGGAAUUUGUUUCCCAUGAGAUUAAUUGGACUAAACCAUGUACUGAAUGGGAUGAUAAUUAUAAUUGCUUUUGACUAAGUCUGAAGUUUUAAACAUAACUAGUUUCUUUCCAAGACAGGACAUAGCAGAAUAUACUGUAGCAAAGAUAUUACUUGAACAAUAAGCAAAUUCAUAGAAUAAAGUAUUAUUUUGAUAUGUAUUAUAUAUUAAAAUAAAAAAAUAUAAAUGAAAUGUAUUUAUAUUAAAGAAACAUUUAAAGGUGUUUUAUACUGACAUAUUAAAUAUAGAUUUAAUAUAUUUUAUAUAAGUAAAACAGAUAUAUUACUGUUAUAUACAAAUUUUAAUCGGUUUUGAAGGUAAAUUUCAGAUCUCUGAAUCUAUUCUAUGGGCAUUGUCCUGGAGACAUUGUUUUGUCAGAAAAGUCUGUGCCACUCAUUUAGAAGAGGUCUUUUUGGGGAAACGUAAGCUGGAAUAGGUGCUUUUGCUGAAGAUGCCAUAGUGACGAACUUGGAUAUUUGGAUGGGUUAAGCCCCCCGGAAUGUAAAUCAAAUUGUCACUGUAACACUAAAUGGGGAUUUUCUAUUGUUUAUAGUUAACACCUUUGAUGGUUAUUAGAAGGAAGUGUGUGUAUGGUGUUAAAGCAAGAAAAUCAUAUUAAAAGAAAUAAAAUAUAUCUAAUUUUUGGAA